UUUUACAUAAUAUUUUGCGUAACAAAACAUAUGUUUGUAAUAUUGGCAUACAAACUGUAACGUUAAAGUUAUAUACCAUGUUGUGAUUUAGCUUGAUUACAAAUCAUUUUUAGUGUUUAGUUUGUUGUUAAAAUGAAUAUGCGAGAUAGAGACCCGGUGGACUACGAAAGAUCUAUCCGUUCUGUAUUCGUUGGCAACAUACCAUACGAGGCAACGGAGGAACAAUUGAAAGAUAUUUUUAAUGAAGUUGGAAAUGUUAUCAGUUUCAGACUUGUGUUCGACCGCGAAUCAGGAAAACCGAAAGGUUAUGGAUUCGCGGAGUACCAAGAUAAAGAAACCGCGUUAAGUUCGAUGAGAAAUCUUAAUGGGAGGGAAUUACACGGUCGCCCGUUACGAGUGGAUCACGCUACAAGUGAAAGAAACAGAAACGUGCAGGAUGAAUUCAACAACCUUCGCUCCAUGGCUCCGCCGGUGGAAUCAGAUUACGGAGACGCUACCUCGCCACAAGACGCCCCUGAAGCCAUCAGUAAAGCUGUAGCGAGUUUACCACCUGAACAAAUGUUUGAACUAAUGAAACAAAUGAAGCAAUGCAUUCAAAACAACCCCGUCGAAGCCCGCAACAUGCUGCUACAAAACCCACAACUUGCGUACGCGUUGUUACAAGCACAAGUUGUUAUGAGAAUAGUAGAUCCCGAGAUAGCUAUGAAGAUGCUGCAUCGCCAAACACCCGUUCAACCUCUUAUCCCACCUAAUGAUAAACCAAGGCCAGAAAUGGUAAGCGAGGUUGGUUGUAUAUGGGUGGGGGUUGGGGUUAGGCAUGCUAUGGGACCUGGGGUGAUUCUCAGACAGAACGGGGGUCCAUUACCGGGGUUAGGUGGUUUCCCCGAUGAGAGAAUGAUGCGUGAUCGUGAACCCAUGGAACAUAUGGACAGAAAUAAUAUAAAUAGUCACAUGAUGGGUGGAGGGCCCCAUCGUGUGGGUCGCAACAUGGAGAGGGGUGAUCACAUGACUGACAUGCAUCAUCGACCACCACCACAUAUGGAUCAACGUCCUGGUAGUCCCGAUCGAUUCGGGAGAGAUCGUAACCUGGACCCAAACUUCCAAGAUCGCGAAUCAAUGGAAAGAGGUGGGGGUAGGGGUAGAGGGCCCCCUAUGGAGCGUACACCCAUGGAUAGACCCCCAAUGGACAGGGGGCCAAUGGAACGAGGGCCAAUGGACCGGGGCCCAAUGGACCGGCCCCCUAUGGACCGUGGACCGCCAAUGGAUCGGGGCAUGAUGGAACAAAAUAUGGGGCGAGGUGGGCCGCCCAUGGAUCGUGGCCCGCCAAUGGAUAGAGGUCGUUCUUCAAUGGACCGGGGAGGACCCCCAAUAAUGGGGGGGAGACCUCCGAUGUUGAGGGGGGGUGAUGGAUCAUCGGACCCACGUAGGGGACCCCAACGUAACGCGAUGGAUGAACCCACAUCGGAGCAAGACCAUGAGAAGGCCGCGUUAAUAAUGCAAGUUCUCCAACUCACCCCCCAACAAAUCACCAUGUUACCUGAGGAACAACGGAAGAGCAUUAUGGCUCUAAAGGAUCAACUACAACGACAAUAAACAUCAUCAGUGGAAUGUAUUCAAAGACAUUUUCCAUCAAGUUUAAUAUUUUGGAAAAAUUUCACAAAAUUAAAAACUUGAAUUUUUUGUGUAAAUACCAAUAUCCAUGCUUUUUUCUUAAAAAUGUCAAAAUUCGCUAAAAAUCACUCGAAACUGCCCUAUUAAACUUAUUUACUACAA